AUGAAAUUCGUAACAAUCGCCAGCGGCUUGCUGGGAGUUUCCACUCUUAGCCAAGCAGCCAUCAAUCUCACUCACUCCACCAACACCGACGGCACAGUAAACAAAGGCGACUUCGUCAGAAUCUCAUGGGAGAUCGAUGAAACUCUUGAUCUCAUGCUCUCGUUCGUCAAAAAGGAGGAUGACACAAAGAAGUGGCCUCUAGGUCAUCGACCCAUCUACACCAUGUGGGGUGGCUUGAGAUUGGACGAGGGCAAAGGCAGUUUUGGUUACAAUAUUCCUUCGGGCAAAGUUAAGGAGGGCCAAUUGUAUGGCUUCUAUCUCGAGGGAAAGACGAUCGAGGAAAGCCCGCUCGAGUUCAACAAUCUCACCGAGUGGUUUGAGAUGCACAAGUGGACGCCGCCGAAGAAGGAAGACCUCAAGUUGUAG